AUGAUGAAAAAUUCGGACGAACAUUUUGCUUCUUUUUCUCAUCGAAAUACUACAAAUCUGACAAGUACGCCAUCAACAGCAACGAAUCAAACUAGUUCUCGAUCUGCUGUACGAUCAAUAAUUCCAUUUUACUCACAAAUUACCAACAUUCCUGUCCAACCAACAUCAGUUAAAUUAAAUUCAAGUAUACGUGUUGAACGCAAAUUUGGUGAAGAUAUUACGAACGGAAAUCUUUUACAAGAACUAAAAAAACAAGCUGAAGAGGAAAAGGACAAAAUGAUGAAAAACCAUGUUGUACAACCGCCACAUCGUUUACCAGAAAAGAGAUACUAG